AAGAACAUAAAAACAAAAUUCAUGGAAAACAAAAGAAAAAGGACAUUCAGUCCUUUAAAAAAGAUGUGGAAACUGAUAAUCAUAAAAUAUCUAUAGACGAACUAUUAGAACGCUUAAAAACAGAUCCCAACAUGGGUUUAUCUCAUUUGGAGGCCAAAUUAAGAUUGGAAAUAAAUGGUCCUAACACACUUACGCCACAGCCUCCAACUCCAAAAUGGAUAGUUUUUCUGAAAACCAUGUUUGGUGGAUUCGCUGUACUACUUUGGGCAGGAUCAUUUCUUUGUUACGUUGGAUAUCUUAUACAAUUACAAACGCAGCAUGAACCACCAGAUGACAAUCUUUAUCUUGGCAUUGCAUUGUCCGUUUUGGUGAUACUUACUGGAUUAUUUACAUAUUUUCAGGUUCAUAAAUCGUCUUCCAUAAUGGACUCAUUUAAGAACCUUGUUCCGCAAUACGCUACAGUUAUACGAGAAGGGGAAAUAAACACUAUUAGUUCAGACGAAAUAGUAAAAGGAGAUAUUGUGGAAGUUAAAUUUGGUGAUAGGGUUCCAGCUGACAUUCGAAUAUUAGAAGCUCAUGGACUUAAAGUGGAUAACUCUUCCUUGACUGGAGAAUCCGAGCCUCAAGUACUUGCCGAGGUAUUGUCAUUGCUACUGGUGACAGCACAGUUAUGGGACGAAUAGCAAAUUUAGCGGCAGGACUGGACGACGUACAAUCACCUAUUUCCCGGG